GGCAGGGGAGCGUAAGAAAAAUAGUACAUUUUAAAUCCUUUUAAAAAUCCUUCGAGGAAUUUUAGAAACGUUAAUAUGCGUCGCACAUGCCUGCAUUUUUCCGGUUUCUUACAGAACCUUAAGACAGGAACGGAUAAGUUUAAAUUUUUCACUACACUUUGGAAUAAACCAGAGACCAAGGAUGAACGCAUCAAGGAGUACAUUCCCGAAGUCCUUGAGGAAAGUUUACAGGAGCAACGAAGAGUCAUUCAGGAAAGUACUUCCCGUGAUGUUAUUGUCGAGUCAGGCCACAGAGUACUUUUAGAAAUCGAAAAAAAAAGCCCAACUCCAAAUAUUCUCCCACAUCUUUCAAAAUUGAUGCUCGAGUAUGGAGCUAAGAAUUUCAUCGCACUAAGGCCGCUUAGUUAUCUGCUCUAUCCCUCUAGCUUAACGCCCGGUGGGGAUAAGCAGCCGCAUGAUCUCAUACUCACCUUUGUCGACAAUUUUCGCCAACUGAUCGAGGAAGUUGAACAGAAUGGCUGCUCGCCUCGUCUUGGGAGCGCACCAUUAACUACUACCACUAGUGUGGAAAUCCCAAAGGCCCCGAUCCCCGUACCCCAACCCGAAGCUGAAGAGGGUUUCCUAGCAAGGAAGGAAGCCUCCGACGCAGUCUCCGAUACCGGGCCUGCGAAAGAGGUAAAUUGCGUAGAAAAUACGAGCGGCAAUCCUCAUGUUUCGCACUCCGAAAAUCCAAACGCGCGGCCAACCUCCUUUGUCAAUGUGGAGGAGCCCACUGACAUCACCAUGUUCGUUAAGGUUGUGACGGGGAUGGCGCUUGCCAACCUGCAUUGCGGGGACAUUUCCAACGCGAUCCACUGCGUGGAUAUCAGUAUCGCCCACGCGAUCGAUUCCACACGUCGAGGGGCACUUUUAGGCCUCAAGGCAGGACUUUUAGUGCGCCAAAAGAAGUUCAAGGAGGCGGUGGAGGUCGCAAAGCUCGCGGUAGAGGUGUCGGGCGACGCACAGGGAUAUCUACAUGGGGCCUAUGCACUGCGGAUGCUGAAAUCACCGAGCGAAGCAAUAGCGCUACUUGAGAAAGGUAUGGAGGAACACCCUAUGGAUACAAGCCUUGUCACUCAGCUAGAAGCAGCUGGAAAGGAGGUGAGGCUGUCAUUGCCGGUCUCCUAACAAAAAUGGGGAUGAGGGCUCAAACAGAUCCCGGAUUUCAUACCCCUACAGAUGAGCCUCGUUUUUCCAUUUCUAUUAUUAUUAAUUGAAAUUGUCACAAAAUGCUCCUUGGUUAUCUCACGAGGGAAACAAAA